CCCGAUAAUACCACUUCCACCACCUUCAGUUUAAGUUUACGGUGCGGGCAACUUAAUUGCGAAUUAAGCGAUUAUAGAAGUGCGAAUUCACGAAUUCACGAUUGUAGUUGUGAAGAGUUGUAAAGGUUUACAUGCGUCGAAAAAUAAGCUGGAUAAUCUACCGAUGAUUAUGGAAGGCAUACAGACUCUGGGUAAUGUAUUGGUUAUCAUUAUAACCGCCAUCUUCUUCUGGAAAGACGGCCAUUUGUUAAUUGAGAUUAUAAAAGCUCUGGUUAUACUUGAUAAUGAUUAUUCUUUACUCUCACAAGAAGAAUAUCAGAGUUUAAAGAGGAAACAACUGCGUUUUAUAUUAAUGCAGAUAUUUUUGAUGCUUUUUUGUGCAAUUAGUGGGAUUAUUAUGUAUACGUAUGUGAGUGAUGCUUUUGAACUCGGUGGAUUUCGUGUUGGUGUUUAUUUUAAUGGAAUGUUGAUGAUAAACGCGAUUAUCUUGACUAUCUAUGCGUUUUUGGAGCAGUUUAAAGUCAGAUAUCGAAAAUUAUUCGAUAUUUUAAGGUUAGAACAUGAAACACUACGUGGCAAAGAAAAAAUGUCCCACAAAAUGGCGGAUGAUUCACAAGAACGUUAUUGUUUUAAUGUUUAUAAUGAAUUAUGGAUUUUAUCGAGGAAAUUUAAUGAUUUUGCUAAUAUACAUGUGUUGAUACAGUUUUGUGUUACUUAUAUGUACGCAUUAACAGCUGGGUUCUUUGUUGUUUACAUGCAAUUGAUGACGACUUAUUACUUUUUGUUUACGAUGGGUACCUGGACGAUUUAUAUAUUGAUUAUGACUGGGUUACCGAUAUAUUUGUUUCAUUCUACGUAUACACAAGCGGAGAAUGUUAGAAUGAAGUUGAGUGCUAAGCAUAAAGAUUUGUUUAUUCAACAACAACUUGUGUUUCAAGACAAUACGUUCAAUGUUUAUCACUUUUUCUCGUUGAAUUUAAACUUUUUAUUAAUAAUGAUAGGAAGUUUAUCAACGAAUUUAUUGAUUCUCUGGCAGUUCCAACGCAUGAUGCGUCAGGAUUCAUUUCAAACAAGUUUGUAAAUCUGUCGUUACGUUAUUUAUAACAAAUGUUAAUAACAAAUUGUGUGUGUCUUGUUAAAUGUGCGUAAAUUCAAGUACUUGAUCUUAAUUGAAUUGCCAUACGUUGUAAUACGAUGCGUGUCACUAAACAAUUAUUCCAGGACCGUAUUAAGUGAAUUAUUUACUAAAUUAUGUUUUGAGUGUAAAUGUGGGUAAAGUAGAUACGGAUCUGUUUUGUAAUUGAAUAGUUAACCAUAUGUGCACAUGAUGAUUACAUCUUCGAAAAUCGAUUAGACAGUUCUUGCAGGAAACGAAAAACGAGAAAAAAGCAAUGCUGGGUUUCAAUUGAACACAUGGUACACACAUUAAGUAAUAAGUCUCGGUUUAAUUCUAAUUCUCAGUGUGAUGCGUCAAAUUCAGAUGUUGAGCAGUGUCGUGACGGCGCUGAAACAACGCUGAAGUCAAAUUUUAUUUCUAUCGACGUUGAAAUUAAUUUUAAACAUAAAAAUUUAUAAAAUUUUAAUAAAAAAAAGAUUAAUUUGAAUUAAAAGUGUUUAAAUGUUUUUAAAAUAAUUAAAAUAAAGAAUAAAAAUGAAGAUUUUUAAAGAAAAUAGAAGAAAAUAAAAUAAAUGUCUUCAAAUACAGGUUAAAACUUGAAGGAAAGCGUUGUAAGAUGGCCGCCACGUAUGUAAAACAACAUGGCUGCCUUGUAUUCAUGUUUUUUAGUUUGUUUAUAGGCACAAAUGCUCAAUAUACACCAGUGUUUAUAGUGGAUUUAGUUAAUAAAACUGACCUGGCGUCACUCCCACAAGGAAUUCUACGUGUUCCGGGACGUUGUAGUAAUUUAACAACAUUUCCGGCUAAUUUUAACAACAAUUUAGUUAAUAAUGAUAGUUUUGCAUAUGAGUUUACUUCAUCUUCUCAAACAAUGCUGAGAACUAAAGAUAUUUAUGAAAAUUUCCCACAAGAUUUUUCUAUUUUGAUAACUGUCAAAACAACACCUGGUGUUACAUCAACAUUGUUACGAAUUUACGAUGAAGAAGGCAAUGAUCAGUUACAAAUUAUUCUUGGUGAUGAUGUGUUCUUAUACUAUGAGGAUAUAGUUGAAGAUGGUACUUCUCCGCCAUUUUCUAGUGACGAAAAUGAAGAUGAUAAUGAUGAUGUGAGGCAAAGUGACAUGAUGAUUGCUUUCGGUGUAAAUUUAAACCAAAGAAACAAUUCUAACAAUUGGCACCGACUUGCUUUUAGCCUAAAAGGCGAUUCUGUCACUUUAAUUUUAGACUGCAACACAACAAUCACACGAAAAUUGAAUCGUCCUUUGGGUUCGACCAUUGACAGUUCAGGACUUACAACAAUCGGAUGUGAUUUGGACAAUUAUGGAUAUUUUCAUGGAGCUGUUGAAAUGUUGUUAUUUGCUGAUCGUCCUGAUGAGGCUUAUGAUAUGUGUGCUAAAUACGCCCCUGAUUGUCAAUAUUCAACUGAUGCUGCGUAUUAUUCUACGUUUUCUACUAUUGGUGUACAUGGCGCACAAAAUGCGUCAUAUUUUACGUCAAAUCGUAGUCUUUAUAAUAGUUUUACUACUGAUAGACCGGAAAGUACAGAAUUCUCAACCCAAGAUAGUCAUUAUUUUGAAGAAAGUAAUGAAAUAUCACAAGAAGAAUUUAACAGGACUUUUAAUGGUUAUGGUUAUGAUGAAGAAGAAGGGCAAGAAUCAAGAGUAGAUAUGACUGGAAAUAAUACUACACCCACGGAUGAAGGAAGUGUUUUCUAUGAUUAUUCACGAUACAGAGGACCUCCUGGUCCACAAGGAUACCCUGGACCACCAGGACGUGCGGGUUUAGCCGGUCCCAAGGGUGAUCGUGGCAGAGAUGGUCUUCCUGGUAGUCCUGGAAUUCAAGGACCACCUGGACAUGUUAAACCAACUUACUGGUGGUGGUGGGGGUAAUGAAAAGGUCCAGACACUCAUGUAGAACAAUUUAGACAGUUAAUGUCUCAACAUAUGAUGUCUAUGCGCGGAAUGGAAGGUCCUAUGGGCUUGACAGGUCUUCCUGGACCUGUGGGUCCUCCAGGACCGGAGGGUAACAAAGGAGAAGUUGGAGAAAUUGGUGAAUCGGGUGUUAGAGGUUUAAGAGGACCUCCUGGUAACCCAGGUCGUGAAGGUCCUCGUGGUCGACCUGGUAGAGAUGGCGAAAGAGGUAUCUCUGGUCCUAUAGGUCCUAAAGGUGAACAAGGUCCUAUUGGACUACCUGGUAUGCCAGGUGAGAAAGGAGAAAGGGGUUUAACAGGUAUUCCUGGUUCUGUGGGUUUGCCUGGUCAUGAUGGGGUACAAGGUGAGGAUGGUCCUCCUGGUUUACCAGGUAUGCCGGGUGAGAUAGGUCCGAGGGGUUUUAUGGGUCCAAGAGGUUUAGCGGGAUUGCAAGGUAAUCCUGGAAUACCAGGCAAUGAGGGUCCUCAAGGUGCUAAAGGGAGUACUGGGCCUGCGGGACAGCCCGGAGCGCCAGGGCAGACUGGAGCUGCGGGACCAGUGGGUCCGUCAGGUCCUCCCGGACAACUUGGACCUCCUGGUAUUAUGGGUGCUCAAGGUAAACCUGGGAUGCCAGGUUUGCCUGGUUCAGAUGGUCCGCCUGGUCAACAUGGCGCGCCGGGAAUUCCAGGCGCUAAAGGGGAUCAGGGUGUUCAAGGUCCAGCUGGUACGAUUGGUUUUCCUGGGGCUAGAGGUGGCAAAGGUGAUGAAGGAAAAAGAGGUUUGAUGGGUGAGAAGGGUAGUAAAGGUGAUCGUGGUUUGGAUGGUGAAAAGGGCGAGAUUGGUGCUAAAGGUGACAUAGGUCCAAUUGGAGCGCAAGGUGUGGCGGGUGCGGAAGGCCCUGAAGGACCUAAAGGUUCUGAUGGUCCAAGGGGUGAAGCAGGGCCUAUGGGUUUGGCUGGCGAGAAAGGAAAGCAAGGUGCACAAGGUUUUGCUGGUUAUCCUGGAAAUAUUGGUGAAAAAGGCGAUAAAGGCGCAACUGGUAAAGAAGGUUCACCGGGUGAGAAAGGAGAUCGUGGAAAUACAGGUAUUCCUGGUGAACGAGGAGAGGUAGGGCCGAGGGGUUAUCGUGGUGCAAGAGGUCGUCGUGGUUUUGAUGGAGUUGUUGGAUCAAAAGGAGAUACUGGACAACCAGGCCCACCUGGUCCACAAGGUGAACGUGGACAUACAGGUCCUGAAGGUACACGAGGUUUUCCUGGCCCAAUUGGUAAUGCUGGGUUAAACGGAAAGGAUGGCAUUCCUGGUCCGCCAGGUGAAAGGGGACCUAUAGGUACAACUGGUCCGCAAGGACCCCCGGGACCAGCGGGUGUGAUUGGACCGCCUGGUCCGGCGGGUGAGCCAGGUCCGGUUGGAGAAGCUGGUACGCCUGGGACGCCUGGUGUUCCAGGAGAGUCUGGUUUGCCUGGAGAAAGUGGCAAAGAAGGUGCAAAUGGUUUACCCGGUCUGCCAGGUAAACCAGGUAUACCAGGCGAAGUUGGACUGCCUGGUUUUCCUGGUGAAAGAGGAAUUGCUGGUUUGCCUGGUUUGGUUGGAAUGAAAGGAGAUGCAGGACCUAUAGGACCAUCCGGGGCAGUAGGUGAUAAAGGACAACAAGGUGAAAGUGGGAAAGAUGGAUCACCUGGACCUGAAGGUAAAGUUGGACCGCCAGGUGGUCCAGGACCUGUUGGCGCCAAGGGUGAUCGAGGUGAGCCAGGGUUAGCGGGUCCGGGUGGUAGGGAUGGUAUUCCAGGCGCUAGAGGGUUACCUGGGCCUCCUGGACCUAUUGGUAUACCAGGGGAGGACGGAGACAAAGGAGAAAUGGGUCCACCUGGUGAAAAGGGUUUUAAAGGUGGAAAAGGCGAUAUUGGUCUUCAAGGCAAUCCUGGAACUCAAGGAGGUCGUGGUGAACCAGGAGCAAUAGGUCCAGCUGGUGAAAAAGGGGCACCAGGAGCUAUAGGACGUCAUGGACCAAAGGGUGAAGAUGGUCCGAUAGGACCUAUGGGUAAUCCUGGUCCAGCCGGAGCACAAGGUUUACCAGGUCCUCCAGGAAUAAAAGGUGAAGUUGGUGAUAUUGGAUUAAAGGGACCUUUGGGGUUACCUGGCAUACCUGGAGAGCAAGGUAUUAGAGGUAUCCCAGGGAAAGAGGGGCCAGUUGGACCUCCUGGUCCAGAGGGACCACAAGGGCAGAAAGGAGAUUCUGGGCCGCCUGGUGGUCAGGGCCCAUCUGGAGAAAUAGGCAAAAAUGGUGAUAGAGGAAUGCAAGGUGCAAAAGGCGAUGAAGGUAAACCAGGCAUUCAAGGUUUACCAGGAUUACGCGGGCCUGCCGGUCCAGAGGGAGCUAAAGGUUCACCAGGGUCACCUGGUUUUCCAGGUCCUCCAGGCGAACCGGGUCUUGUUGGAUUAAAAGGUGAUCAGGGUAAACCAGGUGAUGAUGGUCGUCCUGGCGACGCUGGUUUACCAGGCAUUCCUGGGCCACCUGGUAAAAUGGGUGAUGUAGGACCAUCUGGCAAACAAGGCAACGAAGGCCCUGCUGGUAUUCAAGGAAGUCCAGGUCUACCUGGAGAAAAAGGUGAUAUUGGACCUAUUGGUCCAAUAGGUGCAACGGGUUCUCCUGGUAGUCAAGGCUUACCAGGUCCGCAAGGCCUGAACGGUCCUCGUGGACAACCAGGGCAAGCUGGCGAAACAGGCGCUGCAGGUCUUCCAGGACCAGUUGGUCAAGACGGUAAGGCAGGUGCAGCGGGUCAACGCGGUGAAAAAGGUGAUAGAGGACGCAGAGGUCUCAAAGGUCAUAGAGGUGAAAUGGGUUUGAGUGGUCUUAAAGGAGAACAAGGCGAGAAAGGUCUUAAAGGGGACAUUGGAAUUCAAGGCCCAAUCGGCGAGAAAGGAAACAUGGGACCAAUAGGUCUAGCAGGUCCUAAAGGUAAUGAUGGACCUAUUGGACCAGUAGGACCUGAAGGACCACCUGGACCCAAAGGUUCUGAAGGUGUAGCUGGACUUAAAGGGGAAAGUGGCCCGCCAGGUGGACAAGGACCUCCUGGAAACGCUGCUGAAAUGCCUCUACUACCUCCAGAAGUACUUUUUAGGUUGGAGACAAGACAAGAGGGUCAAAGACGAAGGCGAAGCAUUGAAGAGUACGUUUUAAUUCAUAUUAUAUAUUUAAUUAACAUAACCUACAAUAUUUUAUAUAGUGUGACCAGUGAAGAAGAAAACUACCCUGUGGAAGUGGGUUUCAAAUACUUAGACAUGUACAGCGUCAUUUAUUCGAUGCGACAAGAUCUGGAACGUCAGCGAAAACCAGUGGGUACCAGGGAGAACCCCGCGAGAUCAUGUCGGGACCUUCAUAUAGGUUACCCUAAUUUUGACAAUGAUUGGUAUUGGAUUGACCCUAAUCUUGGUAUGAUCGACGAUGCUAUUUAUGUUUACUGCAACAUGUCCUCCGGAGGGUCAACCUGCAUUCAUCCUGACACCCACACCUCUUCCAUGCCAAAUAUCCCUUGGAGAAAAGAAGGAAAUGUUGAUUGGUACUCUAAACUUAGGAGUGGUUUCAAGAUAUCAUACGAAAGCAUUGGAAUUGUUCAAUUGACUUUCCUGCGUCUUCUCAGCGAAACAGCGCAUCAAAACUUUACAUAUUCUUGUAUGAACGCAGUGGCAUGGCAAAAUGGUAACACUGGAGACUAUGAUUUUGCUAUUAAAUUAUUAGGCGACAAUGAUUUGAUAUAUUCCAUCAAAAGUAACAAGCCCAACGUUAUUUACGACGGUUGUCGCACAAGAAAAUUAAAAGGAGAAACUAUUUUCGAAGUUAAAACAAACAAAUUAAACGCACUACCUAUUAUUGAUUUCUUACCAGUGGAUUACGGGAAUAAUAAUCAAGCAUUCGGAUUUAAAGCCGGUCCUGUCUGCUUCUUAUAAUACUUAGUACUUAUUUUUACACAGAGGGGGCGCUAUCAUGAUAUUACGCUUUAGAAAUAAAUAAAAAUGCAAUUAAUAUAAAUUAAAAUAGAACAUUUAAUAGCAA